UUGCAGCAAGAAAAAUCAUUUAGAGAGACGGAGAAGAAGAAGAAGAGAAAAAGAUAAGAAAGAAGAAACAGAGAAAAUGAAAGUCUCAUAUCUUACUCUCGAACAUGUUGAGCUUUUAAAAGAGUGGUUGCACGCGUGCUCUCGCCAGUAGUUUGCAGACCUUUGGAGUGUAAGGAUAGGAGAUUUUUAAGAGACUCACUAAAAUUUUCUGUCAAUUAUACCUAACCUUAAAUUUAACUUUGUGUUACUUUGUGUCUAGUGAUGGCCGCCUCAAUAGAUCAAGAAUAAAAAAGAAGAAACAAAUUUUUCUACCAAAGUGAACAAGUGAAAAAAAAAACUUCAAACUAUAAUUUCCUUUAUUUCUUUUUUUUUAAGUGAACUUUUAUGAAUAGUGUAUAUGAAUUCAAUGUGAAUAUAUAAAUCAGUGAAAAAUGAAUAAAAACUAAAUAAAUGAGACUUGCAAAAUUCGAUUCAAAAGUGAUGAACAUUUAAAGAAAAUUUCCAUUUUUUUUUAUUCAAUUGGAGUGCUCAAAUUUUUAUUAUUCAAUAUAUUCUUUAAUUUUUAAACUUUCAAUUUGCUUAAAAAUUAGUUUCAUUCUAAAAAUUUUAACCAAUGAAAAUUGUCCAGGAAUCUCUCAAAAAAUAAUAAAAAGGACAAAAAAAAAUAGAAAUAUUGGCAUUAAUGGAGCAAGUCCACAUUGAUACUCUCAAAAAAUUUGAAAAGGAAAUCAUUGACAAUGUUUUUGUAUAUAAUGGAAUAAUUAAACCACUUAGAAUUGAAAAUAUUCUUAAAGAAGAAGAUGUUAAUGCAAUUGUAAAUGGGACAAAUACAAGAGAAGAACAAAUUUCUAAAUUAUUGGAUAUUCUUACGCGGUGUGGACCAUUUGCCUUUUCAGCAUUCAUAAAUUCAUUGAAACAUCAUUACAGUUGGAUAAGUAAUAAAAUUGAACGCCAUUUAGAAAAUUCCAAUAUGUCAGGUUACAAUAGAAGUCACACUAACGAUCUUCCAUCAUGUCCAAGAUUCACUGUAACAAGAAAAGAAUUGACAAUGCGACUGAAGCAUCUUUUACACCUAUUAAGACCAGGUGGUCAUUUAGCUGUUUAUGGAUUAAGAGGAAUUGGAAAAACAUGUCUUAUUGCAAAAACAUUAAAGGAAGAUAAAAAUUUAGUUGCAGAAUUAUUUCAUAACGAAAUCUACUGGAUGAAUUUUGAUUACAAUAAUUUGGAGGAUAAAAAAAUUGAAGAUGAAAUAUCAAAUCAACUAAAUGCUCUAUAUCAAAAAUUUAACUGUUCUGUUCAUCCAACUCGUCAAAACUCAGAGUCACUCAAAGACUGUUUUAUACGCUUCAUUAGGAAUUAUUUAAAUAAAAGGGAACAUCAAAAUGCUCUCUUAAUUUUAGAUAAUGUUACUAAUGAAUUAAUUGUAAAUAAUUUUAAUUUUGGAUGUAAAACUUUGAUAAUAACAGAUGAUUUUAGCGUCGUUAAAAAAAUGGAACCAUUAGAGCUUGAGAUUUCGAGUGGUUUUACUGAAACUGAAUCUCUAUCGCUUUUCGCCAAAAUGUUGGAUGUUACGGGAAAUCUUCCAAAUGAAGCUAAACAAAUUCACAAACAAUGUAAAGGAUUACCAGGCCUUAUAGGAAUGAUGGUGGGACAAUUUAAAAAUUUUAAAGAGCAAAUGGUUCAAGAUCCAACAUGUUGGAAAUAUUUUUUGAAAAAACUAAACGAAGAAGAAAAUUACAUGCAAACUGUAAGAGGUACUUUUAACUUGUGCAUUGACAAACUUCAACCAGAUGAAAGGAAAUAUUUUUAUGAAUUAGCAGUAUUCAACGACGAUAUUAACAUCAUGCCAAUGACUUUAGAGAUUCUAUGGGAUAUGGAACCAUGUGCUGUAAUUGAUUUGAUGACCAUUUUCAACUAUAAAACUUUAGCGACUAAACAAUGGAAUCAGGAGUUAAAUUCUUAUAUUUAUGGAAUUCAUAACAUGUUAUUGGAUCAUUUGCGAAGUGAAUUAGGUCCAGAAGCACUGAGAGCCAAACAUGAAGCUCUAAUUGAAAAAUAUAAAAUCAAAUGCAAUGGCGAUUUUUCACAAUUACCACUUGACAAUUAUAUUCAUUCCUUUAUAGGUCAUCAUUUGGAAAAAGCAAAAUUAUUUCAUCUUUUUGAUAAAAUAUACCUUGAUUUAAAAUUUAUUGAAAAGAAAAUAAUUCACAGCGGUGUAAAUAAUUUACUUGUUGAUAUUGAAAAAUAUAAAGAAUACAUAAUUAACAAUAAUGCAGAUAAUAGAGCAAAAUUAAAUUCAUUGGAAACAUUUAUAAGAGCAAACGUAAAGAAUUUAACAAAACAUAGGGAGAAACGUUAUUUGAAUAUUAUUCAAUUAGCACUUCUUGAUGAAGGUUUAAUUUCAAAUCUUGCUCGAGAAGUUGCAAUUCAAACUAAAACCGAACAUCCUUAUUAUUCUCGAAAAUUAUUUUUCGAUAAUGAAAUAAAUGUUGAGAAUAUAUUUACCGAAUGUAUGACAUAUUCCUUGUCGGAAAACAUUACAAAUCUUUGUUUCACCAAUAAACACAAUUCACUACUUUGGUCAACUGAGAAUGGCGAUAUUGUUCAAAGAAAUUUUAAUACUGGACAAAUUUACAAUUUUUAUGAUCUGAAAGGCGAAAAUAUCAAGAAAUUAAUUGUUUCUAAUAAUAAUCAUUUUUUGGCAUUAACUCAAAAAGGUGACGUAAAACUUUUUCUCCUCGAUGAAAAUGAUUUAAAUGGAGAAAAAAAUUAUAAAUACAAUCAAUCGCAAUAUAUUGCAUUGUUUGACAAUAAAAAGAAUGAUGUUAGUUUAAAAACAUUUCGCUUGAAUAAUGAAAUUAUUGAAGAUGUAAUUUUUACAAAUGAUGAUUUAAUUGCCGCCUGUACACAACAGGGUACAGUGAUUUUGUGGCAUCAAAAUGGCAAUCAAAUAUGCCGAAUAAAUAAAAAUAAAGAUUCAUUAAAGAAAAUAAUCAGUUCUAAUUCAUUGAGAAAUGAGCUAUUUCACACUUUUACAAAUAAAGGUAUUCUUGUGACUUAUAUUUUUGAUAACAAUCGUCUAGAUGAUAUUUCAAUGUAUGAUCCUCUAAGGACAAAUUUAAAUCGAGAUGUUGAUAUAAUUUUUUGUCAACAACUAAUAACUGAGACAAAUUCUUUAAUAGUGAUUACAAAAGAAAAAGCUAUUUAUCUAAAAUGGGAGCAAUCAGAGGGUGUGUUGGAAAAUAUAAGAGUAGAAUGUGAAAUAAUGAAUAAUUCCAAGGAAACUUUUGAAAAUGCAAUUAUAACAUACGAUGAACAAUAUUUAAUUAUUGUAAAAUCAAACGGAUGUACGGAAAUUUGGAAUAUUCGCAAUGAAUUUAAACUUGUUACAUCAUGUAACUGGAAAGUCUCUAGUUUAGAUACAUUCUGGAUGAAAAAUGAAAACUAUCAUCUACUAUGCGGAAAAGAAAAUUCACUAAUUUACAAAUGGAAACUAAAUCCAAAAAUUGAAGAACUAACACCUGUGCGUGAACCAUUAUUUAAUGCAUUUAUGAAACCAAAGGGACAAAAUGACAUAGUGGCUCAUCGGACAAUUGACAAUAAAUUAAUUAUAACUGAAGGAAAUCAUACAUCAUGGAAAACAAAAUCUGAGAUUGAUUUACAACAAAAAACCAUAAGCAAAAUGAUAUUUAGUAAGGAUGGCAAGAAAUUAAUUUACGAUAUUAUUGAAAAUCAAAAACAAACUAUUUUUCUUCUUGAUAUUAAUAGUGGAAUAUCUAAAUAUAUUAUUAAAUUGAAAAAUAUUGCAAAAUUUAUAUGGCCUGUAAAUAAUUUUACAGUAUCAAAUAUUGUUAUAAUUGUAGAAGAAAAUCAAGAAUUAAAGAUUUGUAUCUACAGCAAUGAAAAAAUAACUACUCAUAUUGUGAAAAAUUUUGGUUCUAUUAUUGGGGUCCAUGAAAUUGAUACUAAUCAAAUUUUAACAGUAACAAAAGAUUGUAAUAUAACCUAUUGGAUGGUUGAUCCUAAUAGUGGAGAAUUAUUGUUUAAAGAAGAUGAAAAUAGCAAAAUUAAAGUAAUUAAGAGUACAAUGAGUAAAAAUAAAACAUAUUUAGGUAUAUUGACGAAAAAUAGAAAACAAAUACUUAUCUAUCAGAUAAAAAACACUCAAGAAAAUGAGAAUGAAACACAAGCUUUCAUUAAAUUUUAUCAUAAAAUUCCUCAAUUUAAUGCUGAAGUCACUUGUUUUGAAUUUUCGACAAAUGAAAAGUAUUUAGCAAUUGGAUUUAAAAAUGGCAACAUUUCGAUUUAUGACAUGAAAGAAAAAAUGGAAAUUUACACGGCUCCUCUAAAUUUAAGUUGUGUGAAAAAUUUAAUUUGGAAUUUGGAUUCAUCGAUUCUAAUGUUGGAAAAUUUAGAAGAAAUUGCUUUAUUAAAAACUCCGAGAAAAAUUCAACCAGUUAAAUUAAAUCGUAAAGGAAUGUGCAUUAAUACAAAAAUUGUUGAUAGUUUUAAUCAAAAAAUUAUGGCUCAAAGUAAAACAGAUCAGUCACUAUUGUUACGAAUAAUACCAAAUAAUACUGCCAAAGUAUGUGUAUCUGAGGAUUUUGAAAAAAUUUUAACAGUUGAUAAUAAUGGAUAUAUCAAUAUUUUUACACCGUUAAUGAUAUCUCAGAUUAACAAAACUCUUAAAGAGAAAUGCUCAGCAAUUUGAAUUAAUCGCAUAUUAAUUCUUUAUACAGAAAAGAAUUAAAUAUAUAUACACUGAGAAAAAGAAUAAUUGAAUAUUAUUACUUUAUAAUAAUAUUAAUUAUUAAUUAUAAUAAUCACUAGAUAUGAAUAUUUAUUUAAUUCAAUUAAUUUUUUUGUCAGUUGUAUUUUCAUCAGAGGUUAAGGAUUU